AAACCCACCAGAUUCUGCACCCAACACCCACCACCCACCACCACCCACAGAGGUCAUAGAGAGACUAAAAACUCCAACCAAAAGAGAAGAAUGAAGGCAUCAUACAAGGCAGUUUCUGCGUCGGCAGCGGUGCUGGUGGUGCUACUCCUGCUGGCUGAAGCGGAGGUGACGACGGCGGAGACAUGCAGCCCAACGGAGCUGAGCCCCUGCGUGGGUGCCAUAACAUCAUCGUCUCCACCGUCCAAACUGUGCUGCAGCAAGAUCAAGGAACAGAAGCCUUGCCUUUGCCAAUACCUUAGGAACCCAAAUCUCAAGAAAUUUGUUAACACCCCAAAUGCCAGGAAGGUCGCCACCACCUGUGGCACUCCAUUCCCCAAGUGCUGAAAACCUUUCCCUUUUCCACUCGAGAUUACGGUGUCGCAAUGACCUUAAAAAGUAAUUAUGAUUAUGUUAAGGACACAAUUUAUUACUAUGUCUCACAGCAUGAAUGUGAGAGGGGGAAAGGGAUUUUAAUUAUAGUUGUGGUGUGGGAUGGUCUUUGUUUUGAUGUUUGUAGUAAAAGCACCGAGUUUAUAGCCUCUUGUGUUAUGGUAACAGUAUGUUGGGGAGGGGUCAUUGUCAUAUUUCACCAGUUUGUUUACUGGUUUUGUGUGAUCUUUAUCUAUGAUAUUCCACUAGUUGUUUCAGAACUAAUCUUAUUUAAUCAAAAUCAGUGUUGGAUUAUUA